GAAAGACAUGACAGGUUGUGAGGCGGAAGUAAAGAAUGAAAUAUUAAAGGCUACAAUUUUUGUUGUCGAAAUAUAAAACCUUCAGAAAACAAUGUUUUGAGGCAUUACGUACAUAGAUCUGUUGAAAAAAUAGAGUUGCUAAUAUUUAUAGGUAGCUAAUUAAUUGUUGGCGGUAACGUUAACUGCAGUUGGUCGGUUUAUGAGCAGAAACCCCGCUUUCAUUCAUUGCACGAUGACAGGCUUUCUCUCUACCCAAUGUUAUUCGUCGUUGGGUAAACUAAAACUACUGAGGAAUCAACCUGCCCUAUCAGUCCUAACUACAUCUCAGCGUAAAUACAUUAGUAAGGAUGCAGCUGGGAUUGAGUUUUUGCAAAAAAGUGUCGUCCCAACCAUGCACUAUCAGAAGAGUUUACCAAGGUUACCAGUCCCAAAACUGGAGGACACAAUACGGAGAUACCUGGCAGCCCAAAGACCCCUGCUGAAUGAUGAACAUUACAGAAAUACAGAGAAAGUGGCACAUGAUUUCCAGAGUGACUUAGGAAAACAAUUACAUGAAGAACUUGUGGCCUUAGACAAACAAAACAAGCACACCAGCUAUAUAUCAGCACCAUGGUUUGACAUGUACUUGUCUGCCAGGGAGUCUGUUGUGCUUAACUUCAACCCCUUCAUGUCCUUUAACCCUGACCCCAAACCUGAGUACAAUGACCAGCUUGUGCGGGCAACCAACAUGGUUUGCUCAGCCGUGCGCUUUAUGAAGACCCUGCGGGGUGGUCUGCUUGAGCCAGAGGUGUUUCAUUUGAACCCCGCUAAGAGUGACACCGAUAGUUUCAAGAGGUUCAUCCGAUGGGUGCCCUCCUCCAUCUCAUGGUUUGGAGCAUACAUGGUGAAUGCAUAUCCUCUGGAUAUGUCCCAGUACUUCCGUCUCUUCAACUCCACACGAAUACCCAAGCAGAAGCGAGACGAGCUCUUCACAGAUGAUAAAGGCCGCCACUUGCUUGUGAUAAAACGAGGCAAUCUGUAUGUAUUUGAUGCACUGGAUCGGGAUGGUAACCUGACGAAACCCUCUGAGAUUCAAGCUCACCUGAAGUACAUACUAACAGACUCUACCCCAGCUACGUCAUUCCCCUUGGGUGUUCUGACCAGCGAGAACAGAGAUACAUGGGCAGGUUUAAGACAAAAGCUACUGGAUGCUGGAAAUGGUGAAGCCUUGCGAUUAGUAGACAGUGCUUUGUUUUGCCUCUGCCUGGAUGAGGAGAUAAUGAAAGAUCACAUUCACAUCUCCCACAACAUGCUGCAUGGAGAUGGCUGCAACCGCUGGUAUGACAAGUCCUUUAGUAUCAUCUUGGCUAAGGAUGGGCAAGCGGCCAUCAAUUUUGAGCACUCCUGGGGUGACGGCGUAGCCGUCCUCCGUUUCCAGAAUGAGGUCUUUAAGGACACCACUGAGAAGCCUCUGGUUGGCCCCAGCUCCCAGCCAGCAUCCGUGGACUCAGCCUCUGCUGUUCGAAGACUGGAUUUCAAACUAAAUGAAGAGUUAAAAGCAGGGAUCAUAAAAGCUAAGGAGAACUUUAAUUCUGCUGUAUCAAAGCUCACCAUCGAUGCCAUGGAGUUCAAGAAGGGUGGAAAGGAGCAACUUAAGAAAAAGAAGCUUAGCCCAGAUGCAAUUUCCCAGCUGGCUUUCCAGAUGGGCUUCUUACGGCAGUACGGGCAAACCGUUGCCACAUACGAGUCCUGUAGCACUGCAGCCUUUAAACACGGUCGCACAGAAACCAUCCGUCCUGCUAGCAUUCACACAAAACGUUGUGCCAAGGCUUUCGUGCAGGAGCCAGGAAAACACACAGUUGAUCAGUUACAGGGGCUGCUCCACGAAUGCUCUAAAUACCACGGCCAGCUCACCAAAGAAGCAGCCAUGGGUGUAGGAUUUGAUCGCCAUCUUUUUGCUAUGCGCUACCUGGCUAAUUCUAAAGGAAUGGCACUGCCCGGUCUGUACCUGGAUCCAGCAUAUGCUGCCAUAAACCACAACAUCCUGUCCACCAGUACCCUCACCAGCCCUGCAGUCAGUCUAGGUGGGUUUGCUCCUGUAGUGCCUGAUGGUUUUGGAGUGGGUUACGGUGUCCACGAUGAAUGGAUUGGGUGCAAUGUGUCCAGCUACCCUUCCAGGAAUGUUCAUGAAUUUCUUAAGUGUGUUCACAAGUCAUUGGAGGACAUUUUUACAGUCCUUGAUGGAAAACCCAUUCAUUAGUAAAAAGCACUUAUUCUCUUGAAGUGAAUUAAACCAUUGGGCAUUAGGAUUGGCCUGGAUUCAUAAUAUCCGUUUGUUGUAUUUGAUAUGGAUCUGCAAGCUACUUAUGACACAAUUGUUCUGUUAGGAUAACUAUCAGUGAUUGUCCUAUAAAUCUUUUUGUGUUAAUAAGUUGUUGAUCUAUAAGCAAUAAACAUAUUUAUUAGUAACAAUCAUCUAAAUAUUUGUGGCACGCAAAUAUUAAACAGGCCAUUUUUGAUGUUGGGAUUAUUUUGUAAUAUACUACUUUUGAUGAAAAUUUUUUUCUCCAAAUACAGGAGAGUAGUUAAUAUUCAUUGUAACAUAUGCACAAGUAAACCACAGAUUUUAGGAAAAUUAAGUUGUUGAACAACUGUGAAAUGUGAGGCUUCUUUCUGUACCGUAUCUGAGAAUGUAAAGGAACAGACAAGAUAACGGCUACUUUACAAAACAAAAUGGUGAACACUGCUGUGAACUGCAAAGCAUAAUAAAGAAUUUCAUGAAACAGCU